GGACGCAGUGACGCUAAAGUAACCAAGGUCAAUUUCUGUUCACUCCUGAAGACUUCACUGGACAAUUUUUCGAACUCGAAGGAGUGUUUGAAAAAAGCGUUCAAAAUGUGUGGUCUUUCUCCUUGGGAUGUAAAUGAAGUUGAUUUCAGUAGACUGCCUGCAAAUGCAAAUAAAGUUCUUACGGAAAACACUGAGAGCGAUGCACAACAGGAGGCAGAGAAUUCAUCGGAUAGUGUUGAACCGGAGGAUGACCAGGAUGCAUUCAAGGUCCAACUGUAUUACUUUGAAAAGGGCCUCAGCGAGGAUCAACUAACAAGAUUCACAAUGGACUGGAAAAACGAUUAUUGGUAUGGCUCACUAGAUGAGUUGGGACUCUUCAACUACUGGAAGUCUCUGAAGGAUAAGUCUGAAGGUUUGAUGUUCACAGAACCUCUUCAGCAAUUUCAAAGUAUUACUCUGGAGUUAACGAUUGGAGAGGAUGGCUCUUGCACACCUAUUGUGCAACAAAAUGCUGUAGAAGAUGAAAUAAACGAUCCACAACCUGUUCAACCCAAUGACGACAUGAGCCAAGAUGAAGAAGCUGCAUCAAAUGAUCCGUUUGAAGGAAUUUUCAUUUGGCCAAAGGUCAACGAGCGAAAUGGAAAUGACAAACAGAGGAGAAAGGAACAUGUACCAUCAGUCGCAACCAGCAAUAGAUGGCGAAAAUGGUAUGAUAAAAAGGACGAAGAACGAAAACAAGAAGAGGAAGCAAAAGUAGCAAGGAUUGAAAAGCGGAAACUGGCUCGAAUUCAGAAGGAGGAAGAACAAAGCAUCAGAAAGAAGAAAAGAGAUGAGAAAAAGUUACAGAAGGAAAAACAACAGCAAGAAAAGGAAAACAACCCUCCUCGGCAGAAGAAGAAAAAGAGGACAUUGAUGCCUAAAUCGGGCUAAAUUGAAGUAAAAUUGAUUUUUCAUUAAAACAUAUCAUUGUGAAAAGAGAAAAGAUUUAACUUACAAGGAAGCAGACAGCUGAUUGUUAAAAAUGUAUGAGACUGAAUUCGGAAAAUAAACGUUUUUGUUUUUGAUUCUUUUUAAAUUACAUACCUACUUAUUAAUGAAAUUGCUUCUUUUGUUGUGAUUAAAUGGGUUUCACUGAUGCUGAUCAGAGAGUUAUGUCUGUUUGUCUAUGACCACAUUCUCUUCAAUGCGGUUGUUUUGUUCAAAUGUCUGUGUCUUAUAAAUUUGUUCGUUUUCAAUCUACAUAAUUAUUGAAGAAACUGUAUAUUUUACUGUGAUUAUGCGGGGUUCUUUAAUAUUUAACCUAAUUGUUAUGUCUGUUUGUUAAUGAGAGUAUCUCUUCAAUGCGGACAUUUGUUCAAAAGCCUGUUUCUUUAUUCAAAAUAAAAAGAAAUGCGUUGUAAGAGUUUCAGGAGUUUCAUCAUUUAAUUCUUAUAAGAGUGACCCAUUAUAUGUGACAGAUUGACCCAUAAUUGUUACGAACUUGAUUUUGACCCAUAAUAGUGGUUUUGGUUACCUUGGUUCUUUUGAGCUUUUCCGAACAAGUUUUGAAAAGAAUAUGAAUAUAUAUGUGGUUAAAA